GAGACCCAAACCGAAACAAGACCUGUCGGUCGAAGUUUCUAGGGCUAGUGGUCGAGUACGCUACGCUCUCCUGUGAUCGUGGAGAGAAACGGAGGGAGGACGGGGAAGAAGGGAAGGGAAGGAUGUGGCACGAGGCGCGGAGGUCAGAGAGGAAGGUCCACGACAUGAUGGACGCGGCCCGGAAGCGGGCGCAGCGGCGCGCCGUGUACCUUGCCAAGCGCCGUGGCGACCCCCAGCAGUUGGUCCAGGUCACCGGUGCCCGCUGCCGCGUCUACCGCGACGACGGAUUGUACCAGGCCGCCCAGGACCAGCAGGGAUUGAUACCAUGGAAUGGAAAGCAAGAUAUCUUGAUUGACAGAUUUGAUGGCCGCGCUCUUCUUGAUUUUAUUCGAGAUUCUAGUUCUCAUGCUUAUCGAGUUCAGCAGAAAACUGAGGAAGAAGAAGAAUUAGAAGAGUUUGUUAAUUUUGAGCAUUACCGGGAUUUAAUUAAGCUUCGACGUAGAGGAUUUACUGAUGAUGAGGGAUUGCAACAUGUUCACCAACAGCUUGAGGCAAAGAAUUCACUUCCAUUUGCAUUUGAAAGGCCACGAUCCACACAGCUUCCAGUGAGCAAAGGUUCAUACUCACAGGUCAGAUUCUCCUACAAAGGAGAAGGUCAUGAAGAAUCUCACAAUUUGGACAGUGAAAGUGAGGAUGAAGAUAAUGAUGAGGAUGAUGACGAAAAAGAUUUCAGUAGUGAUGAUAGUAAUGAUGAGAGGAUGGAAACUAUUGCUGAAGAGUUUGGCAUCAAGAGAUACAACUGGCUUGUUUAUAUGGAUAAAAAGGCCAAGGAGGAAGAGAAAAGGCAAAAGGAAAUAAUUAGAGGAGAUCCUGCUAUUAGAAAAUUGAGUCGCAAGGAAAGAAGGAAGGCUUCUCAGAUGGAAAGGGAAAAAGAAAGGGAAGCAGCACAUCUGACAGGAAGGGCACCUCAUCAUGAUCCUUACAGGGAGUCGCGUCAAAGUCCCACAUAUGAAGCUUAUCCCAGGAGCAGAAUAUCAAGAUCCAGGUCCCGGUCAUUUUCACCUUCACAUUCAAGAUGGCAUGAACACAGUUCUCAUGCUGAUAAUGGGCAUCGAAGCAAGUCGAAGCCUCCAAAAAUUGAAUAUAUUACAGAGUUUGGUGGUACAAACGACUUGGAUCAAAAAUUUGGAGGAGUCUCCCCACCAUCAUCUCCAUUGCAAGCUGAUCUAUCAAACCAGUCGGGGCACUCGACCUUUAAUACUUGCAAAGAUAGAUUGGGAACUUUUCUCUGCUGCAGCUUAUUCUGAUGGUCAUUCUGGUUUCCUAAAGCUGCGUAUAUGGGGUUCAGGGUUUGGUGGAACUUUUAAUUAACAGUCAUUACUUAAGGGUGGGGGUCAGUAUUUGGUCAGGUUUGGGUGUUCUUUAGGUUGGGGAUCUGGAGCUAAAGUUGCAUUCUGGAUCCGUUUUAUAGCUUUUAUUAACACACACGACCUAUGUGUAAAACUGACUGACAUGAUCGCUUCAAGAGUUCCUGUUCUGGAUGGAUGUUAACACUUUGUUACCUGCAAUGUCACUCGUUGUUUUGUAUGCUUGCAGGGCAUCAGGUGGUCGAAUUCUUGAGGCACUUCAUGUUGAUCCUGCAUCUGCUAUGUCUCUUGAACAGGAAAAGAAUGCUAAAAGGUUGCUGAAGCAACGAGGAUAAAUCACUAUAGCCAUCGUUGUCGUAGUAGAAGUUACAGUCCUUCUCCACCAAGAAGACGUCGCCACAGCAGAAGCCACAGUAGAAGCAGGAGCCCCAGAGGAUACUAUUCUCGAUCGCGGUCUCAUUCCCCACAGUCAAGAAGCAGGACCAGGUACUGAAGGAUUUCUGACAAUGGUCAGUUGAGGUCGGCUGAAAUUGCCAAUAAGUUAUCCAUGGAGUGUCGUCACUUAGUUCAACAUAUGAUAGCCUUGGAUGACAAUCUGGUUUACAGUGCUUUGAUUGAUGUCUGUUAGUCUUAGUGGUUGUAGAUGCAGAAUUAGUUACUGUUUAGCUAGUUUCAGUACACCUCAAUUCCUGUUUUGGGUAAUUUUGCUGUGCUAUGUAGCUCAAGUCUUGGAAGUUUUACUUACACAUCAA